AUGUCCGAAGGAGCCAGCACCUCCGCUGCCGCCGCCGCCGACUCCCCUGGUGGUACUAAGGGGAGUGCAGCAAAGGAUAGGAGUUGUCCUUAUUGCGGUCAAGCAUUUACAUCUUCGUCAUUGGGGAGACAUUUAGAUUUGUAUAUUAAGGAGAAGAACCCCAAGGCUCCAGAUGGCGUUCACGAUGUCGAUGCUAUUCGGAAGAUGCGGGGGAGCAUCACCCGUAGGCAGCCAAGAGGUUCCCUUGCUCGGCGAGACGCUUCUACUCCCGGUACUCCGACAACAUCAAGAAGAAGUCCUGCUCUUGACUCUGGUGUGAAACAACCUUCCAUACCAAAGGAAGGUCAAUACGUCGUGGAUAAUCAGAUACCAAAGUACCCAUUCCAAUUUAGUUGGCAGGCUACCGGCGUGAUCAAUGAUAUUCCAGAACCGAACGGAGAUACGAGAAGUAACCCAGACGAUGGUAAUGGCCAGGACUCGAGACGACUUCCUAUGCAACGUGCACCGAGUAGAACCGCACAAAAGUCUCAGUUGGAUGCAAGGCAGAAGCUCUCCGAUGCUAUGGACACGGCUCGAGCCGCUGAAUUGGCGCUAAGAGAACUGCUCAGUUCAUGGCGAGCAGCCAAACAGCAAAUAAACAUGGACUCUCUACCAUUCGACUUCGACCCCCUCUCUCUCGACUUCCCGGCCCUCACGCUUCAGUGUCUUCAAGCACCUCCUACGUUAUUCUCUUCCACGCCGCAUCCGACAUCAACCUCUUGGUCUCUACAACCGCCUGCCCAGAAGCAGUUCGAGGCACUUAAAGUCUACUUCCAAGAAGAGUUCCGAAAAUGGAGGCAGGCUUGUGCCUUGACGACUACUGCGUCCCACGAAGACCUCACAUUUCCACCGUCGGGCGUAUUCCAACCACGUGAUGUGCGUGAAGACGUCAAAAGGGCGGAAGAAACGGCAGUGGCGUUGGAAUCACAGGUCAACGAACAUCUACAAUCCGCGUAUCACGUAUGGGAACUACUUCCUCCGCAAAGAAAAACUGAACUCUGGGGUUUGGAGCUAGCGAGAAGUGUGGGACGAAGACAGAAAGAAGUACACAAGUUGAAGGAGGCACAAUUUUCACUCAAGCAGGAGAACGCGAACCUCAAGACUCAGAUCGAUCAACUCAAUCGUCUACAGCAGCCGAGAGAAUUUAGGAUAGUCCCACCAGCGACGAUCCCCAUCGAGCAGUCGGUGGUCUCGUAUUUCUUAGAUAUGGCUUCCGGCAAAAACACUGGAAUUGGAUUCAAUAUUGAGGAUCGCCAUGUGGACCUUGAUGCUAUAGUCUCCCGUUCUAUCGAUCGGUGGAAGACAGUCAUCGUAUCGGCAAAGGGUCCUGGUAUGGCCGGGCAAAGACCCCUAGACCAAGCAACGCCAACCUCGACUACCACACCGCCCGGUACUGUACUUACAACUCCAUCACAAGCCCGUCAACAGCCCCAACAGCCGCAGCAAAGACCCAUUCCUGUAGCGCCUACCGCGCAAGUAAUCGAACCCCAACCAACAACAGCGACAACUACGACAACCGCAUCUAGUGCAUCCGGCGCCAAUGAUGAUAAUAGUGACCAAGACGCCGAUGCUGAAAUGGAAGAUGACGAUAAUUUCACGCCUAUUACGCCUGCUAUCCCCAAGCCGCCAACGACGCAACCGCAUCAACAACAGCUGGAGAUAAUGCGGACUAGAAAUCGCGAUCAGCGAGCACAGAACACCAACGACUCGCGGUUUGCUGUUAACGGCGCGAUGGCUACUCGGGGUAUUGAUGUGCGGCAAACGAUGCAGAACAUGAACGUCAAUACUGCUGUACAGGGACGUAUGCACAAUCAACACGGUCAUGCUAUGAUGAAUAAUGGUGAUUUCGGAAUUGUUCAAGGCGUUAGCGGCAGCGAGCCGAUGUAUAUGGAUGGAUAG